AUGGACUUGACGGAGAUCAGUCAAGUGGGUGGCAGGAUGAAUAGCCCGAUCAUGACGUGGCGCUGUUACGCGUCACCGUCAUCGUCACGUUUGGUUGGAAAUCUUUCUACGCCCUCUCUCAGGACGGAUCCAUGUUCAUCCUAUACGCUGCUACGUGACCAGUACAAAAGAUCUCGUGGAAAUACGCUUCAGCCAGGAGACAUCAGUAUCAGCGAUAACUUCCUCUCUGCAGGAUGGUAUAGAUUUGAAAGCGGUGCAGGAAAUGAUAUGGUAACAUCUGCACCCAGCAUAACCCAGUGUGGAACCGUAUUUCCCAUAUGGAUGCAAGGAAGUUUACCAUCAGAUGCUGACGGGGAGGUAGAAAGAACAGCCUGCAUUGUGGGUUUUAUGAAUACAUGUGAGAAGACUCUAACAAUCAUGGUGAAGAACUGCAGGGAUUACAGAGUUUACCACUUGGUUCCAUCUCCGCAGGCCUCCACAGGAUACUGCAUAGGAGAGGAAUACUUGUGUCCAGCAGGACAGACGUCUCUUACUUUCUUCACACCUUGUCAGACAUAUACUCCAGUGAAUACGAAGCCUAGAGUAAAUGUAUCAUUAGAAUACAUUACUCGAAAAGUUGACACUGGACCUAUAGCGGCGGUUUUUAAGUGCCUGUUUGCAGAACCCCCUGGGGACCCUUACUGGUACGAUACCCAUUGGUACAUCAAUAAUGAAGAAGUAAAGGUUGUGGAAUCUCGUCCCUAUCAGGACAAUCAGAGCUGGCUCUACCCUAAAGACUGGGUACAUAAGCACAACAUGAACAUGAUGGUUAAAUGUUCAUUGAGAGUAAGAAGAGCUAAUGGUGGAAUUCCUGGCCAUUACAAUUACAGCGAGGAAUUCCGAGCGGGAAUGUUUCCUUCAUCGUAUGCUUAUGAAGUCAAAGAAGGAGACACAAUUAAUAUAGAGUUAAUGGUUACGGUUCCUGUGGGUUGUUUUAACACUACUUUUAGGACGGGGUGUGAUGUUGAAGUUUACCUACAAACUCCGAACAUUCAAACCAACGUGGGUUCAUGUCAGGACUACACUGGACAAGGUCCCAUUGCAUUUAAGGAAAAGGGAUGUGGAAUUACUAUCAAGAGCUCUACAUGGAGGCAAAAACAGACUUUUAAAGUAACUGGAAAAACAGACGGACUGGUUAAUUUGAAGGACAGAGAAGUUAAUUUAAGACUAGGUACCAAAACAGAGAGCCGCACUGAUGUAUCGGGAGUAUGGCUAAAUUUCACAAUGCCUAAUAUAAAGAUCAAUGUUCAGGAUACAGACAAGACUGUGGCUAACAAGUCGUGUCACGCAAACACCGACCCUCGAAUGAAAACAUUCGAUGGGAAAAUUUGGACAGCACAGAUUCCAGGAGAAUUCAUUAUGUACAGAGAUAUCAGCAGAGAUAUUGCUGUUCACGCCUUGUUUUCCUCGUGCGAAUGGAACAAUUGGGAAGGAGAAGGACCAUGUGGAUGUGGCAUUGCUGUCAAGGUAGAAGACUCUUUGUUUGCAUACAGGACCUGUGAGGAGAUUUCCUACAAUUUCACCAAGCCGCUAAAACAUCACGACACCAUUUAUCACGUUUGUAGUAAGGAGCACAUGGUGAUAGAAAUGAACCGUACGUGGACAACAAUUACCUUAACAACGGGUGCCACCGUUGAGUACAAAGUAGGAAAAGACUGGCUAUACAACAUCCAUAUAACCCCUUCCAUAUUUGACAAGGACAACGUGGAUGGUCUCUGCGGAAAUCUUAAUGGUAAGGAUUUUGACGAUUUCAUGCUUCCUGGAUCCUCUACCACAACGAGCGACAAAAAUAUAUUUCAGAGGAGCUGGAGUGUUAACAACACAGAUGAAAGCCUUUUUGGUCAUAACAUCGUCUUAAAAAAUAAAGCUUUCGAAGUCCAGAGGUAUUGUGAUUGCUCCACAACAAAGUCAGGUUUGAAUGAUCAAGAACCGCUCAAUAGUCACAACACUGCAAAUUGUUCUCCAACCUCUUCAGCAUUAUUGUGUAUGAAGACAACAUCAAGAAAUUUUACAUCUACCUGUGAAACAUACGAAUAUCGAGACAAACGUGACGUCAAUGGCAUUAAUUUUAAACAUCAUAUCUUAAGAAGGAAUGCAGAUCCCGAUGACAUCAUGGAGGUUCCACCUCUUACUUUUGAUCCUAAAUUUGAUCCAAACUAUAUUCCACCGAUUCCAACCUGGCGGAACGGAUGGACAGAAGAAUCUGCUCGUGAGGUUUGUGAGGAAGCAAUCUUAAAUGAUCCAGCUGAAAAGGAAUGUAGAAAAUACAUUCAAAUGGACAAAAAUUCCAACAUUGCUAUAGAAGAAUGUAUUCUAGAUAUACGGGAUGCUGGGACCAAAGAAUUUCUUAGCCAUACUAUAGAAUCACUGAAAGAAUCGUGUUUCGGAGAAGUCAAGAGAUAUGAAGAAUUUUAUAAGACCAAUAGUAAACAAAAACUAUCAGUGGUGGAAAAAAUCGGUAAACUUGCUUGUCCAAGUAACUGCUCGGCUAACGGAGUCUGCAAUAAAGGUGUCUGUACAUGCGAUGAUAUGUUUGUGGGUGAUGACUGUUCACAUAAAAAAACUUCUCCUCCGGUCAAUACUACCUUACCGGAAAAUGGCUUAUGUAAAACAAGCAAAAGACCAUGUGCAAAGACAAACAUAUUCGGCCAUUUUAUGUCUGAAACUGUCUACGUAAAAUUUAAAUAUUUUUUGAUAACUGAUAUUGGUAGGUUGAUCUCCUUAUCAACACACACUACGAAAGCAACAUACAUAGGACCUACUAUUAUAAAGGCAAUGUUUCCAACUGGCUUGAGAAGUAAAACAUCGCAUUCCCGGACGGUAUAUGGAAGUGGUUUUGAUAUAAGUUUAUCAUAUGACGAAGUCAACUAUGGGGAAUCCAUGUCAUUAGUCAUAUAUAAUGAUGAUUGCUUCAGCUGUAACGCAAGAGAACUGGAAUGCAACAAGACGAGGCCAUGUCCAGAGACCACCACGCAAGGAGAAGUAACGAAGUUCAAAAUAUCUAUUCAAAAUGAAUAUGGUGAGAUAUUAAGAGGUAAUGUUGUUUCAUGGUCACGCCGGUGCUGCUCCAUGCCCAAACUCUGUUAG